CAACAGAGCAACAUGGCUGAAUUUGUAGCAGACGAUUUUUAUAAUCAGACAUUGAUUUGGAGAAGUUUGCUGAUUUCUAUUCUCGAUUCAAGAUGGCUUCAGCAUGCAUUGACGUGUAUGUCAAACUACCUUCCGGAAAAAAUGCUCAGUACGAUUUGUUUUCAACCGAUACGAUCGCAAUUCUGUGCGGUGAAAUUGCAAAACGGGAGAAUCUGGAUAGAAACCGUUUGAAAAUCAAAUAUCAAGGAAAAGUUCUGAAGAAAUCGUCAGCCCUUGGUUAUUUGGGGGUCGUCGCUGAAACGAUUUUAAAGGUAGAGAUCGUUCAACCUCAGGAUUUAACUAUAAAAGUACUGUAUUCGGAGGAAACAAAAGUUAUAACCAUUUCAAAUCUUAAAACUGUAAUAGACUUGAUAACCGAAAUUGAAAAAUCGAUAGACUUGAACAAUAAAAUGAUAACUACGAAAUGUGGUAUGAGAAUUUCCAGAAAUGGUACAGUUCUAGAUGAGCUAGGACUGGUCAGUGGAGAGGAGUUAAUUGUCAGUGAGAUUAGCACUGCCACAAAUGCGACUACUUCGGACCCAAGCCUCAGUGAAAGCGACCUAGACGAAAUCAAGACCAGCUUCAAUGCACAGGGAAAGAAAGUUGAGGUGGCUUUCUCCUUCGAUACCACUGGAAGCAUGUAUGCUUAUUUGGACACGGUUCGGCAAAAUUUGAAACAGGCGUGUUCACGAUUGAUCGCAGACAUACCAAAUAUUCGAAUUAGCCUCAUUGCACAUGGCGAUUAUUGCGACCAGUCAACAUACGUCAUCAGAAUGGUAGAUCUGACGUCGGAUGUGCAAGAAUUGGUAACAUUUGCAAAAGACGUACCUUCAACAAGCGGCGGUGAUACACCCGAAUGUUACGAAUGGGUUUUACGUAAAUCUCAGUCUUUAGAUUGGGCUGAAGAUUCAGCGAAAGCUUUAGUGGUUAUUGGAGACAGUCCUCCUCAUGAAAUGGACCAUACAGAUCAGAGAAUCGACUGGCAUGAUGAUCUGGAUGUUUUAACUGGAAUGGGAGUAAAGGUGUACGGCGUACAUGCAGGUGGAAGUGUAGAAAGCAAAUUUUUUUAUCAAGAAUUGGCAGAUCGUUCAGGCGGCUCGUAUCUUCCCCUUAAAAACUUUGAUGUCAUCACCGACAUGUUUUUAGCCGUCUGCUACAACGAAUCUGAUGAGAACCAUCUAGAGGAGUUCGUUCAGGAAAUCGAAAAUACUGGAGAAAUGACGGAAGCAAAGAGAGAAAUUUUCACAAGUCUUAAAUCUGAGAAAAAGACUGAUAAACCGCAAGAGAUAGAUAACAGACAAAUGUACACUUGGUGGAACAAGCCCAGAAAAUCAAAUAGAAUGGUGCCGCCUAGUUAUUAUUAUGAUCAGCAAAAGGAUAACUGGAGUAGUAGGUCAUUGUCCAAUGACGUCACGUCAUCUGUGGCGACCCGAAUUCUUAGUUCAGUUUCUCCUGGAGUCAACACCAAAAGUCCAAAACGUUCCAUAAGAGUGAAACUUUGUAAAAAAACGUGCGUAGUUAUGUAAGCCGAAUCUGUCGGGAUUGGUUCAAGGUCGGCCAACUUGUACCAAAAUAUAAAAAUAUCUUUAAAAGCACCGGCCAUGUUCUUCGCGGCAUCCCACGUGAUCCACACAAAUCGACUUUGACUAAUAUCUAAAUGUACAUGUACACGGGAAAAUGAUUUUAACAGCCUGGAAACUUGUCAUCUAACCAGAAGUUGGUUAUUCAUUCUGAAGAGUCAGACACUUAUCUCCUUUCAACCGACAAGGUAUAUUUGUAGACGAUUGUAUCCCUUUAAUACAUUUCGCGACUGAUGUGUUUUAUUGUCGAGUAGCUCGAAAAAUUAAUGAUCUUUGAAGCAAACCAACGACCGAUGUUAGAUAAAAGGUACAUUCAGGUCUCUUGAACGAUAUUCUAUUAUUAUUCUAUACAAUUCUUAAUUUGAAUAUGAAAUAUUUGCGCACCUUGUAGCAUAUUUUAGUGUCUUGUUAGCAGUAAGAAGACUUAGGCAGUUUUUAUUAUAUUAUAAGGUAUUAUUGAAUACUAUCUUUUGCUCAAAUUUAAUUGUACAUACAUGAAACAUUUUGCUCCUGUUG